AUGGACAAAACACAGACCCCCAAGAUACCACUUCCGAUACGAGGUGGUGCGGAUAUGAUCCCCUCAUCAUCACCAGCCUUCGGCACCCCAGCACGGCCAGUUCGCACCGGUAACAGACCGAGUACGCUUCAAGGAAAGUCAUCCGUUCUACCUGUCCUUAUUCCGCCGGCGCUUCUCCGACCUCUAGCUUUCCGGACCUUUACAAGAAAACAUGACUUGACAAUUUCUUCAAACACACUUCAGACCCUGGCCACUUUCGUUGGCAAGAAUUGCGGAUCGAGGUGGCGUGACGAUGGGCUUGCGGAACGGUUACUUGACGAAGUAGCUAAACUAUGGCGAAAGAACGGUGGCGGAGUGAUUGUGGAAGAGGGCAAUGGCGCAUCCAUCAAGGCUAUACUUCAUAUGGUGGGAGGAAACAUGUCCAAUGGCAAGGUUGUGCCUGGGAAAUUAGCUGAUCAAGAAGAUGGACGUGGUGGAGGUCAUGCUGGACUUGCAAGCGCCGAUGAAACAGCAAACAGUCACGCCGGAGAAGAAGACGACGAAAACGUUUCUACGGACCCGAGACGCUACAUGAAAGUGGUUGAUGCUUAUGAUCAGCCUCGAUUGACAUAUAAUCCCGACAAGAAACAUUUCGAGACGUCAAUAAACAAACCAUCCUUUUUUCCCGACCCUUCCCAUCAAAUUACGUUUUAUCGGGACAGAUUCAACCUCAUAUAUCAGAGACUGCUACGAAACGAAUCGUUCCAGACAUCUUCCCUAUUGAAUAGCAAUCGGCAAACUUACAAAAUCACACCAAUUGCGAAUCUGCUGGGAAGGGGCGGGUCGCAGCAUAUGUGUUUAGGGCUUUUAUCUGUCUCUCCUGCCGGAGAGAUGUCACUGACCGAUCUGACAGGGACUAUCAUGCUUGAUUUAUCGGAAACGGUACCUAUCCCAAGGGGUAAUGGUGCGUGGUUUUGUCCCGGUAUGAUGGUUCUGGUUGAAGGCAUAUAUGAAGAAGAGGAGGUAGUGAAGGGCUCCGUAUUGGGUGGUAACAGUGGCAUCGGAGGCGCAAUAGGAGGAAAGUUACUGGGAAUCACUAUUGCUGGACCACCCAGUGAAAAACGGGAGGUAACUCUCGGCAUGAACAGUGUCGACUCAAAGGGAGACAUCGGGACCAGUGGUGGAUUUGGGUGGGUUGACUUCCUCGGCGUAGGAAGUGAACGUGCCCAGGGAGCGCGAAUGCGGAAAUUUGAGCAUAAAAGUCUUCGUCAAGUCCGUGGAGCCGACGGUCAAAGGAAUGGGCGACGCAAUAUUGUUAUCCUGGGAGAAGUUCAUUUGGACAAUAGUAGAACACUUGAGGCUCUCAGGAGUGUCUUCAGCAUAUACAGUGAAUUGCCCUUUGAAGAGUUGCCGUUGGCCUUUUUGAUGAUUGGCAACUUUAUUGGAAAAGUCGGAUUUGGACAGAGCAGUGUUGGAAACAGUAUCGAGUACAAAGAGUGCUUCGACAGUCUGGCGUCGGUGUUAUCCGACUUCCCGGCGCUUUUGAGCCAUACAACUUUCAUAUUUGUUCCAGGCGACAAUGAUCCUUGGGCAUCCACGUUCACAGCUGGAGCUUCAAGUGCCAUUCCCCGAAAAGCAGUUCCUGAGUUGUUUACCUCGAGAGUAAAGCGUGCGUUUGCUUCAGCGAACAGUGACUCGGGAGACUCCGCGUCCAAAAGUACCCCUGGAGAGGCCAUCUGGACAUCCAACCCUUCGCGAAUAUCCCUCUUUGGCCCAGUCCACGAGAUUGUUGUAUACCGGGACGAUAUCUCUGGAAGACUGAGACGUGGUAGCAUACAUUUCACUAAUACUGGAGACAAUGACUCUGAAGAACCACAAGUUCAGGGCGACGCCACCGAAGAAAAUGAUGAUAACAUGAUAAUUGACGAUGAUAACGACAAAGACAGCAACGAGGCUGGAAAGAAUAACUCCGCAAUCAAACAGCCAUCCCCCUCCUACCUCGCCGCUCAGAAAAUUUCUAAAACAAUACUCGACCAAGGCACUCUCUCCCCUUUCCCCAUAACCACCAAACCCGUUCUCUGGGACUAUGCAAGUUCCAUUCAGCUCUACCCACUUCCCACGGCCCUGGUACUUGCCGAUAGCGAAGUAGCAGCCUUUUCCAUCUCAUAUGAAGGAUGCAACGUUCUAAAUCCAGGCAGAUUCAUGCCGGAGGAUCAUAAACGGGAGCCGGUGAUGUGGCUUGAGUAUGAUAUCUUGAGGAAGAGAGGGAGAGUUAAGCAGAAGAGGGUAUGA